ACAAGUAAACAUUAAGGUCAUUGUCAUAUCAUCUUAUCAUUAGUAUGCCCACAUAUAAUCUAUCUAGCACUAUAGGAGUAGAAUUAUAACAACAAGAAAGGCCAAUAUGGCUCUUGUAUUCUUUAGUUUCUUUUUGCUAUUAGUACUUACAGAUCUAGUUCAAGGCCAAUUACAGGAGGAUGUAAUUGUAGAGUGUUAUUCAUCUGCUGCUGAUUGUGUUAGUAAUACUAAUGGAGUCAGUCUUGCAGCUAUUGACUGCUGUAAUAGAACUAGUGGAGGAUAUAUAUCUCAUUCUUCACUAGCUGCACAGUGUGGUGCAUGUGUUGUUGUUGGUUUUGAUCAAUCACGUGUGCAUAUUGGUCCAAGUGAUGCUGGGAGAAGAUACUCAUUUACUGCUGAUGUACUCCUCAGUACUCCUGGGGCUCCUGAUGUUACUGGUCUGGAUUACGUUAUUUCACGAGAGCCAGCAGUUGAUGGUAGAUAAUGCU